CUUUUGCUCUUGAUAUAGCACUGGGAAUUGGUAGACUUCCAAAGGGACGUGUUGUGGAAAUAUAUGGUCCAGAGGCUUCUGGGAAAACAACUCUUGCUUUACAUGUGAUUUCAGAGGCACAGAAGCAAGGAGUAGGGAAGUUACCAGCAUCUCAGGCUAAUCCUGAAGUGGUCUCUGCUUUUAGAAGAGAGGAAAAAGAACAGGCCAUGAGGCUUUUGGACAAUUACUUGAGAAUUUGCCGUGCAGCUAAGGUCAAUUUGUUUGAAUCUGCUCAUGCACAGGAAGUAAAGCUCAGACAAGAGGCAGAGGAUGAGUUGAGAACCACAGAUUGUGGUGAACAAGCACUUAGUCUUGUGGAUACCUUAAUCCGUAGUAGUUCAGUUGACGUAAUUGUUGUUGGCAGUGCCUAAUGCAAACAAGAACCAGCUCUCAGUUCCCAAACAUGCCAAAAGAUAGCUUUUGGAGAAAACCUGUGAUCUUAUCAGGAAUUUUCCGGAGUACCUUGAUGUUGUUGUAAGUGUUGCAAGAAAAACUGAUGGUCGUCAUUGGGCAGAUUUGCUUCGAGCAUUGGGAUGGCUGAGAAGCGAAAUUUGUGGAGAAUAGGGAGAGGAAGUAUCUAGGGUUUGAAGACAAUCGACUGAAAACUGCAUAAUGAAAUUUCAGAGUUCGCAUCUGAAGUUUAGGAAGGAGAAUGUUCCAAUUUUGCAUAAUUUUCAUUUGACAGUGACACUUUCAAGGAUAAUGAUAUACCCAGUCGUACUGCACUUUUAAGGAUCAUACUCACAUGUAUUUUUAUGGACCAAAUAGCGAGCCUAUUAUCGACAGUA